GGCGGCGCUGUGGCCCGUCGGGCGGCCCCACAGAGCCGCCAUAGCCGCCCGCCUCCCGAUACCCAACGUCUCCGCUGCCGGCUCCGCGCCGUAGCCAUGGCCGACGUGGAAGACGGCGAGGAACCCUGCGCCCUGUCCUCUCACUCCGGGGGCGCAGGCUCCAAGUCGGGGGGCGACAAAAUGUUCUCUCUCAAGAAGUGGAACGCGGUGGCCAUGUGGAGCUGGGACGUGGAGUGCGAUACGUGCGCCAUCUGCAGGGUCCAGGUGAUGGAUGCCUGUCUUAGAUGUCAAGCUGAAAACAAACAAGAGGAUUGUGUUGUGGUCUGGGGAGAAUGUAAUCACUCCUUCCACAACUGCUGCAUGUCCCUGUGGGUGAAACAGAACAAUCGCUGCCCCCUCUGCCAGCAAGACUGGGUGGUCCAAAGAAUCGGCAAAUGAUAGUGGUGGAAGGCUUUUUUAGUGCAGUUGUCCGGAGCCCUGGUGGAUCUCAUUAUCAGGUGCCCUACAGAGGUUAGGACUCAAGGGAACUAAUUCUUCAAAUAGGAGGAGAUGGAUCUUUGGUCUUUGGGGACUCACAAAGGCAUGCAUGGUUUAGCGUUUUGUUAGUUUUAUGUUCAGAAAUUCGCUGCAAUUAAGAAGAUAAUUUAUUAAAGAUGGUCUUUCCUACCUCUGUGGUAUGUGUCACACACACUGCUUAGAAGUGCUAUAAAGGAGGAGAGAACUACAGAUUGACCUUUAUAAUUUACUUUUUGAUAUCCAAGGGGCUGUGGAAGCAGUUCUACAUUUUUGCAUGCAUACGGUUGAUCAGUUAAAAAAAAAGACAAUGUUAUAGUAACAAAGUGCAGUUUAAAACCCAGCUCUUAUCCUUAAUUUGUUCCUAAUAUUUAUUUUCCUCAAGGAAUGGAGUGAGUCAUGAAAUAUUUAUUCGAUAGACAAGAAUUUUAAGUUGGGACUAGUGAGCCAGGGUAAAGUAAAAGUCAGCCUUUGAGCAUAUGGGAUUUCAUUUGUCUUAGGUUAUCAUUUUUGACUCGAGACAGCCUAGACCUGCACUCACCUCAUUGUCAUUGAGUAGUAAAGGACAGAAGUAUUUUCAAGUUCUGGUCAGAUUAUGUUGUACUUUAACUGUGUUUUAGGUGGAAUGUUAAUGAGGGAAAAUGUUUACCACUAUAGCAUUGGAUCAAAAAGUUUAUUUUAUUAUACAGUGUUUUAAUAAAUGGCCUAUUCUGUUUACUUCAUUUGAAUUGUCAUUAUUGUAGUUUUAUGCACAACCUUAAAUUUAAUGUUAAUAAACUAAUUUGUCAAGUGAA